AUGUCUCACCCACAGUCUCGCUAUUCCUUUGACGUCCCGAACCCCUGCAUCAACUUUGCGACCCUGAGCGAUGACGACGCGCUCAACGCAGACGCCUGGUUUGACCAAAAAGCCAAUCAGGAGAAUGUCCCUCCUGGAGAAAAUCUGGCGAAAGCCUUGCUUCAGAGCCCUGCUAUUUCAAAACCUGAUAUUGUUCUGUCUUCUGCCACAUCACAAGAAAUAACAACGGGUGAAAGCCAUGGUGAACAGGACGGUGGAGCAGAACGUGUGCAGGUCAAUGUGGUUUCUCAGAAUAUUGUUGGAUCCCUGGCGAGCUGGAGAGCUACUGCUCCUGCGGAGGCCCCUCAAAGAGCGGGCAGGAAACAGACCACAAAGCAGAGAAAAGCACAGCAACGCAGACAGCCAGGCAGAGUGAAAGUGGAGAAAGAUGCUGAUGCUGUGGAAAAGGAAGAGGUUCCACCCCUGAAAAAAAUGAGAGUCCUUAGAGUACCAGGGAAAAGUCAAGGAUCUGUACCCCGGCCUGUGGGGAGUUCUAGCAGCAGGGAGAAGCUGACAGAGGUAUCCACAAAGAGAGAGCCCCUGCAGAACCCUGACCUCUCCCCAGAGAGAGGGAGAAGCAAGCUGACCAUGCCCUCCACGCCAACCAUGUUGAAGAGGACCAAUUUUUCUGGCAAGCUGAAGAGCACAGAGGAGCAGGAGCUGGAAAAGAUGCAGCAGUUGCAGCGGGAGGUUAUGGAGCUGCGGAGGAAGAACGAGGAGUCUCUGAAAGCAGCCAUUGCUGGAGCAGGACAACCCGUGAAGAGAGCUGGUGGUCAAGUAACAAAGCCAGUUGACUUCCACUUCUGCACAGAUGAUAGAAUUAAACAACACAUGGAGAACCAGCCUGGGAACAAGUACAAGGAGCUGGACUUUGCCUCAGUCCUAAGAAAGCAUCCUCCUUCUCCGGGGCGAAUGCCGAAGGGACCCACUGUCCCCAAACCGUUCAAUCUGUCCCAGGGAAACAAAAGAAAACUUGAAGAGACCACAUCAGAAUACGUGUCCCUUGCCGAGCAGGUCGAAGCAUUCCAAAAACGCACCCCCUCUCGUUACCAUUUGAGGAGCAGGAAAUCUGAUGAAGGCACAGCUCAGGGGAAGCCGGUGAAGGCUCGGCUUACGAACCCUAAAACACCAAAGCUUCUGACAAAGCAGCGCUACAGACCUGCUGCCUGCAAAACCACAGCAGAGAUAGAAGCAGAGGAAAUGGAGAAAAUUCAACAGUACAAAUUCAAAGCACGAGAACUCAAUCACAAAAUCUUUGAGGGUGGACCGCUCCUGCCCAAGAAACCCCCUGUGAAGGAACUCACGCAACCCAUUGGCUUUGAGUUGGAAAUCGAAAAAAGGAUUCAGGAGCGGGAGAGUAAGAAGCAGCAGGAGGAAGAGCACUUUGAGUUCCACUCCAGACCAUGUCCAACAAAAAUACUGGAGGACGUUGUGGGUGUUCCAGAGAAGAAAGCGCUUCCUGUUACAGUCCCCAAGUCUCCGCUCUUCACCUUGAAAAGCAGAACCCGAGCAGCCACCAGAGAUGAAGAAAAGGAAAAGGAGGCGGACCCUGUGAUCAAAGCUAACCCUAUGCCGCAUUAUGGAGUGCCCUUCAAACCUAAAAUGCCAGAGCAGAGACACGUGGAAGUUUGCCCCUUCUCUUUUGAUGCCCGUGACAGAGAGCGGCAAAUACAAAAAGAGAAGAAAAUAGAAGAAUUGCAGAAAGAAGAGGUGCCAAAGUUCAAAGCACUCCCUCUGCCUUACUUUGACCACGUUAAGCUGCCAGAAAAGAAGGUGAAAAACCCGACUCAGCCUGAGCCCUUCAACCUGCAGGUUGAUGAACGGGGAGCUGCCAAGCUGGAGAGCUGGAAACAGCAGCUUAAAGAAGACUUGAAAAAGCAGAAAGAGGCAGUGUGUUUUAAAGCUCGUCCCAACACGGUGGUGUACCAGGAGCCUUUUGUGCCUAAAAAGGAAAAUAAGCUGUUAUCAGAGAGCCUUUCUGGUUCCAUAGUUCCUGAAAGCUUUGAGCUGGCGACAGAAAGAAGAGCUAAAGAGCGGCAAGAAUUUGAAAAACGACUGGCAGCUACAGAAGCCGGAAAGGGGAAACGACUGGCAGCUACAGAAGCCGUUAGGGAGAUGCGUAAAGAGCAGAUCAGGCAGCAGCAAGAGGAGCAUGAAAAGGAAGAAGUUGCUAAGCUAAGACAAGAAAUGGUCCACAAGGCAAACCCAAUACGCAAAUACCGCAGCGUAGAAGUGAAGCCCAGUGACCAGCCACUGACUAUGCCCAAGUCUCCCAACUUCUCGGAUAGGUUCCGGUGCUGA